UAACACUUUCCAAAAGAGAAGGUGGCUAACAUUAUGAACUUCAGUGGAUGGCUGGAGAAGAGAGGCGGCCAGGAUGCUACUAAAGGCUGGAAGAAAAGGUGGUGUACUCUCAGUGACAACACUUUCAAGUACUUUAAGAAUGACUCGGACAGUUCUCCUGCUGGCAUUAUAUACUGUGAAGACAUUGAUGAAGUAGCCAUUCAUGUACAAGAAGUUCAGAAAGAUAUUUCGAAACAUGGUUUUACAUUCAAGAUUGUAACUAAAGGACGAACUUAUUUAUUUAAUGCAGUUUCUAAUGCUAAAAGGGACGAAUGGAUAAAAGCAAUUCAAGACCUUAUUUCAGCACAUAAGGAAGAACCACAGACCCCAACAUUACUCUACACAACUGUAGAGAUAUUUUGUGGUCAAAAGCCAGCCAUAAGAGUCAAUGGAGAUAUCUCAACUGAACUAAUGAUGCAGUUAAACAGUAGUACCACAAAAACAAUCCAGGAUGAUAGAGGAUGGUUUGCUGAACUUUCCACCACUCAUACAACAAUAUUAAACUUAUUUAAUCAACAUGGAUGGAGUCUCAUGACAGCAUUUGCCUGUAGCUCUGUUCCUUCCAAUUCAACAACAGCAGCUCACUCUGAUAUGAUGAUACUCACAAAACCAAACUACAAAUAAUAUUUUAACAUUUUUAAUAAUAUAAUUUUUAAAUUUUUGUUGCAAUAAAUAGUUAUCAUAGUCUGGAUUGAUCGUUAAUCUA